ACUCACGUGCAAAGACAUACAGUUUACAUACAUAAAAAAAUGUUAGUAUAUUUAAUCUCAGUGUUUGUUUGCCCCACACAUCCACCGACCUCUAUUUGUUUGUGUUCAAUAUAUAUUUUAUCUUACUAAAUUUUCACGUGAAGCACAAAUCCACUAUAAAAAUGAAGUGAUACCUACCCAAUAUUUUUAAUAAACCCUCUCUUGUUGAAGCAUUAUAUUUUUUUAUCAAGAGAAACCAAACCAUGGUAGUAAAGGUGUAUGGUCCUCACUGUGCCUCAGCCAAAAGGGUGUUGGUUUGUUUGAUUGAGAAGGAAAUAGAAUUUGAGGUUGUCCCUAUUAAUGUCUUGGAGGGAGAACACAAGAAUCCUGAGUACCUUAAAUUACAGCCUUUUGGAACUAUUCCUGUAAUUCAAGAUGGAGACUAUACUCUUUAUGAAUCUCGUGCAAUAAUGAGAUAUUAUGCUGAAAAAUAUAGAUCUCAAGGUGUUGAAUUACUAGGAAAGACAAUUGAAGAAAAGGGUUUAAUAGAACAAUGGUUAGAAGUUGAAGCACAAAACUAUCACCCAUCAGCAUACAACUUGACUGUUCAUGUUUUGUUUCCUGCAUUACUAGCUGAUAACACUCCAAAUCCUAAGGUAAUUGAAGAGAGUGAAGCAAAACUUGUUAAGGUUUUGGACAUUUAUGAAGAGAGGCUAUCAAAGAGCAAGUAUUUGGCUGGUGAUUUCUUUAGUCUUGCUGAUAUAAGUCACCUUCCAUUUACUGAUUAUAUUGUUAAAUAUAUGGGGAAAGAGUAUUUGAUUAAGGAUAGGAAACAUGUUAGUGCUUGGUGGGAUGAUAUAAGUAGUAGACCAUCAUGGAAAAAAGUGCUCGAGUUAUAUAGUCCUCCGAUUUAAGUGUAUGUUUGGAUUGACAGUGAGAUUAUCAGAAUUAUAAUCACUACAAUUUCAAUAAAUAUAAAACACUUUUGAGCUUUAUUAAAAUCAUAUGUAAUUCUGCAAAACUCGCUGUCUAUUCUGAAUACACUUUGUUGCUGAAAGAAUGUCACUAUCAAGGGAAAGUGAAAUUAGUAUUAUUAGUAUCAUGUUGGUAAAGAAUAAAUGUGGUUUGUAAUAAGUUUCAUGGGAAGUGAGGGAUUUAGAAACAUAGUGGAUUAUUGUCCAUUAUUUGUUGUAUUUGUUGUACUCUCCUUUCAUUUUUAGUUUAGGUAUGUUGAAUUUGGGUGUGCUUAAUUAUGUUUUUUUAUUGUACUUUGAGAUUACUAUUUUUACAUGAAUCAAUAAAAUUAUAUUUUG